CCCAGUGGAGGCUAGGCAGGAGGUGGGGGCCAGCACCAGUUGCUGCUGCAUUCCCCCCCCCUUCUUCUGUGAAGUUGCAGAGUGAGCACGGCAGGGAGGGUGAAUCAUAGACCGACCGGGAGCCAAUAAAACGUUCUUUGAGGCUGGGACGAUACACAUAGAUAGCUGAACUCUACAAAGUUGAGUCAGGAAGAAAGAGGCAGAGAAGCAGAGGCAGACUGAUCGGGAGCUUGUAAAAUAUCAACAUGAGGGAAAUUGUUCAUAUCCAGGCAGGCCAGUGUGGAAACCAAAUUGGAACCAAGUUUUGGGAAGUGAUCAGUGAUGAACAUGGUAUUGACCCAGCAGGAGGCUAUGCAGGUGACUCGCCAUUGCAGCUGGAGAGGAUCAAUGUCUACUACAAUGAAUCAUCCUCUCAGAAAUAUGUGCCCAGAGCAAUUUUGGUGGACUUGGAACCUGGAACCAUGGACAGUGUGCGAUCUGGCCCAUUUGGACAACUCUUUCGCCCUGAUAAUUUCAUUUUUGGACAAACGGGAGCUGGAAAUAACUGGGCCAAAGGACAUUAUACAGAAGGAGCAGAGCUUGUAGAUUCUGUGCUUGAUAUAGUAAGAAAAGAAUGUGAACACUGCGAUUGCUUGCAGGGAUUUCAGCUCACUCAUUCUCUUGGGGGAGGAACAGGCUCUGGGAUGGGAACGCUACUCAUCAGCAAAAUCCGAGAGGAAUACCCUGAUAGGAUAAUGAAUACCUUCAGUGUCAUGCCAUCUCCUAAAGUCUCUGACACUGUUGUAGAACCAUAUAAUGCCACACUCUCAGUUCAUCAACUAGUUGAAAAUACAGAUGAAACCUACUGUAUUGAUAAUGAGGCAUUGUAUGAUAUUUGCUUCCGCACUCUGAAGCUUACCACUCCAACGUAUGGAGAUCUGAACCACUUGGUGUCUGCUACCAUGAGUGGGGUAACUACAUCGCUGCGUUUUCCUGGCCAACUAAAUGCAGAUCUACGCAAGCUGGCAGUAAAUAUGGUUCCAUUCCCACGCUUACAUUUUUUUAUGCCAGGAUUUGCUCCAUUGACUGCCCGAGGGAGCCAACAAUAUCGGGCCCUCACAGUCCCAGAGCUCACUCAACAGAUGUUUGAUGCCAAAAAUAUGAUGGCAGCAUGUGACCCAAGACAUGGACGGUAUUUGACGGUAGCUACAGUCUUCCGAGGUCCCAUGUCCAUGAAAGAAGUUGAUGAACAGAUGCUGGCCAUCCAGAACAAGAACAGCAGCUAUUUUGUGGAAUGGAUCCCCAAUAAUGUCAAAGUGGCAGUUUGCGAUAUAGCGCCUCGUGGCCUCAAGAUGGCCUCCACCUUUAUUGGCAACAGCACAGCUAUUCAAGAGCUCUUCAAAAGAAUAUCAGAGCAAUUCUCUGCCAUGUUCAGGAGAAAAGCUUUUCUUCACUGGUUUACCGGAGAGGGAAUGGAUGAGAUGGAAUUUACAGAAGCAGAAAGCAACAUGAAUGACCUUGUGUCAGAGUAUCAACAGUACCAAGAAGUGACAGCAAAUGAUGGAGAGGAAACAUUUGAAGAUGAUGAGGAAGAAAUUAAUGAAUGAAGACUAUCAAAUACUUUUUUAAAACUUCUAAAGUCUGAAUAGCUAGCUCUAGUUCUAAUCUUUUCCAGGAUAGUAAAGAAUAACAGGCUUAUUUUUUAGGGGCUGGGUCUUCUUAGCAGCUACUGACUUUGGAGUGGAUGUUGAGUGCUCUGAUCUAAGAUUCUGCUUUGGUCAAUACAGUCAUUUAUUCUCUUGGUUUGAGAAUUUUGGCUUAAAGUGUCAAUGCAGAUACCACUAGAUGUAUUCAAAUAAAUAAUUGUACCCACUUUCCAGAAGGGAAUAGUCAGGGUUGUUUUUUUAAAACAGGACUAUUUUGUUUUCCUUAAACUGUGAAUCAGAAAAAUCAUGUUAGGCUGCAAUCUUAUGCACAGUUACUUGAAAGUGAGUGUUGAUAACAGUGGGACUUGCAUCCAAGUAAAUGUGUUUUGCAUUGUUAGUGAGUCUUUUGAGUGCUAUUCUUUACUGAGUAUACAGUACUGAGUUGCUGGGAACAAAUUAUGUUAAUAAAAGUAAAGGAAAAAGUC